UAUUUCAAAAAACUUAUAACUUUCAAGAAAGCUGAAUUAAAAUAAAAUAGAGCCUGGAAUUCAAAAAUAUAAAAAUUAAAGAGGAUAUUUUUGCCCAAAGGGCCGAAAAUACUGGAGGAAUCUCAAACAUUUGACACCAAACUCGGCUGUACACGUGUCGCGAUCUCAGCUCGGGACGCCGAGUGAAUGCCGAGUUCGGUCUAUAUUUUCGCCGUCUCAUUCACGGACAUCAUCUUCAAGAACUUGCAGAGCCAGAGCUCAGAGAAGAGAAGAGAAGAAAGAAGCAUGGACAUGGCGGCGGACAUCGAUUUUGUCCGAUUUAAGGGGUUACAGGAGAGAGCUAGAAAUGAUGUGCUUCCAAAACUUGACCAUGAGGAUGUCGGCACGGAACCAGAAAAUGAUGGAAAAGUUAAAGACGACGAUGAUGACGUGUGGAAUGUUGAGGAAGAAACGAGGAGGGAGGGUGUAGGCUUCGGAGCUCGCAAGAGCAUGAAGAAACGCCGCAUCUCCCAUGGUUUCCAUUUGGUAGAAGGGAAGAUGGAUCAUGGCAUGGAAGAUUACCUAGUCGCGGAAAAUAGAAGAAUGAAUGGUCAUGACCUCGGUUUAUAUGCAAUUUUCGAUGGUCAUUCGGGGCACAAAGUUGCCGAAUACUUGCGCACUCAUCUCUUCGAUAAUAUAUUGAAAGAGCACGAGUUCUGGGAAAAUCCCGUUUCCGCCAUUAAACAAGCAUACAAAGUCACGGAUGAUUACAUUUUAGAGAACGUGGUCGGUGCCCGGGGUGGCUCCACGGCAUUGACUGCAAUACUAGUCGAUCAGAGGCAACUUGUUGUGGCAAAUGUAGGGGACUCCCGGGCAAUUCUCUCCAGGAACGGGAAGGCGAAGCAGAUCACAGUCGACCAUGAUCCACUGAAAAGGAAGGAGAAAAAAAUGGUUGAGAGGAAAGGAGGAUUUGUUGCAAAAAAGCCCAAUACUCGGAACGUUCCGCGUGUGGACGGGCAGUUAGCAAUGACGAGGGCAUUCGGAGACGCACAACUGAAAGAGCACAUCACUGUGGAACCUGAUGUCGUAAUUGAGAGGAUUGGCAAAGAAACUCAGUUCAUAGUUCUAGCCAGUGAUGGCUUAUGGAAGGUUAUGUCAAACAAAGGGGUAGUUGAUUGCGUCCGAGAAUUCAACAACGGCGAAGAUGGAGCUCGGGGGCUGAUUGACACCGCGCUUUCACGGGGUAGCAAAGACGACAUUUCUUGCGUCGUGGUGAAGCUCGAGUGAUCUUAGUUGUAGUUUGUAACCUAAUAGUACUCUGGAGUGAUCUUUGCUCCUUUCAUAUAUGUAAAUCUAUGUUUAAGUUUGUUUUGUUUGGUAAUUGUAAUUUUGAAAUAAAUGAAAAGGACUCACAUCAGCACUUCCAAAAGUACUUCCAGAAUAGUGUGAUUUUACAUUAUUACUCUCAACUAAGUUUCAGUUACUUUCAAAAAUGUCAUUAAAAGUUUCUACUUCCC